AUGGCCCUGGCAGAGCGGACCCAACAGGAGCUCUUUUUCGCAUCACGGUGGAAGUUCCAAGCAUUCCUCCAGAUCGGUGCCAUCCAGUACUCCCUGGCCUCGUGCUUCUUCCCGGAGAUCACCGAAGCGUCUGCAACGCUGAGGCGCUUCCGGAGCUGCGACGACAGCACUUUGUGCUUAACAGCCACAGAGGAGUCGGUGCUCAGCCUCGAGACUUGCAGCGACUCAACACAACAGCUCUUGGACGGCAACGAGCUGAACACCUUGUUGGCGAAGACGUACAAGGUCGAGGUGGCCUCAGAUGCAUUGAUCCUUGGGACAACGUUGGACAGUUCCAGUACCAAGUACAGCCCUUUCGAUCUGGAGCUGACCUUGGAUUGUGGUUCGUCACGUGCCCUGAGAAUGCUGAGCUUUGGACAACCUGACGCAUCAGGGGAGAAGGUCUUGGGAAUGUCUGCGCGUUGCACGUUAGCGAACCUGCGCCGCAACUCAACGAUCAAGCAGCUGUCCUUGAGAGUGGGCAUCGAAAGCUCUGCGUUUGGAAGUUGUAUGCAGCAUGCGCCGUGCGAUAGCGAUGAUGCCUACACCUGCCUCUCUUCGACUUUGACAGGGUGUGCCGGCUCGGCCGAGCAGCUUUUCUUUUGGGUUGGUGACUACCCGUACUCAGAUGGGUCCUUUGAGCUCUACACAGAUGCGACGAUGGACCUGCAGGUCCGCGAAGAUGACCUCGGCAGCCUAGCUCUGACCUCAUUCUCCAAUGGCUCCUUCGAAGAUCAGGGCAGCGGGAAAUUCUUCGUGGCGAAGAGCGCGACGGAACGAGAGGAAGAGGCAGACACCUCGUCGACCGCGUACACAGAGAACGCUUUCGAAUGGCAUGUGCAGACAGUGGCCAGUUCAGCUGACUUGGUGUUGACGUGCGGCAGCGACGAGGCCAUGGUUGGUUUCUGGAAGAAUGGCAUGGAUGUGUGGUGGGCCUGCAACCCUGUUGUUGGGCUUGGCGCUUGCAAUGAGGUUGUGUCGCUUCCCCAACAAGAGGUCUACGAUCUACGGUUCUUGAGGCUUCUCGAGGUCGAUUGUGGCGAGGGCCACGUCAUGCAAUCGCUUUCCACAGAGGUGGAUGCUGCGGGGAAGUCCCUGCGGCUCAAGGCUGCUUGCUGUUUCUUGGUGUGGCCUCCCGUGACUUUGCGGCCUUAUAGAAACUUUGACAACUCAGUGAUUUCAGUAGACGAUGCUGCUGGGAUCUACUACCCCAAUGCCCUGGACGACUCCGGUCGGCCUGAGUUCCAGCAGGUCUACAGUUUCACGCCGUAUGUCCUUCAGGCCAAUAUGCCCUCCCUCAGCGGCGCCUUGUCGUACAACAAAUUCGCUGGAGAGUGGUGCAUCGCUCACAGCGGAAGCGCGAGUGACGCUUGUUCCAGUGCCACAGAUGUCGUGCAUCCGCUUGACCUUGGGGCCGAGUCCUUUGGGGAGUUGCAGGAGUUGCACGUGAUGCAGAUUACCGACUUUGCCUCCGUCUUCGAAGGCCUUGGUGCCGGGGCCACGACGACACAGCGGCCAAGCCCAGCAGAGCCACUGCCGCAGAGCGAGCCCAAGACCUUCCCACCUCCUCCACCUCCUCCACCGACUCCACCGACCCUGGACACACUGGACCAUGUGGAUCCUAAUUACGCCACAAUCUGCAAGGAUGAGUACACACCGGGGGUCUUGAAUCCGAAUGGGAGGAAGCCUGGGCAGAAGUUCAAUGCAUCAGCACCGAGGUGGGACAAGGCAAAGAUGCACAGCAUAGCCAAGAAUUUAAACAUACAGCACCCUUGCUACUACAUCUGGAGUGACGUGAAAGACAGCCAAACAGCUGAUGCCGAUGGCAUGUCAUGGUGGAACCGCUUCGAUGGCAAGGAAGCCUCACCACCCACGAAUGACGUGACCUACAAGUCUGUCAAAGAAUGCGCUGACCGAGAGAGCCAGGCUAGUGCCAGGUUGGGGAAAUGGAACCGAUGGCAUGCGCUUACGACUGGACUGGCUGACGUUGGGUUUGACUGGGUAGGGCACGGCAUUGAAUCCAAAACCGUCGAUCCCUUGACAGUGUUUUUUGGCCUUGGUACUCACUGGCCUUUGGGCAAGACUUUUUCUUGGAUUCUCAAGACAUUUAAGUCGGCCAAGAAGAUUACAGACCUGAACCUCGAUUAUUGGCGCAAUCGAGCAUACGGAGCCGGCAGCAACAACGACUGCGAUUCCAUGCAGCAUGGACUGGCUCGUCUGUUCUGUGAUCUGUUCUGCGUGAGGGACGCCGUGAAGAAGGGUGACGAGGCCAUCUUGAAGACCAUUGAAAACGCGGUGGGGACCAUCAACGGCAAUCUUCAGAAACUCUUCGAGACUUACUUCGCGACAGAGGGUUCUGGCACGAGCCUCCUUGGAACCCGGAAUGAGAUCGUCGCCGGCAUCACCAGGAGCUUUGCCGAGAUGCGGAAGAUGGCAUCGGAGCCGCUGCACCCUGCGGCCAGCGCUGCGGCAGGGCGCAGCCUCCGCGCCUUCGUGGAGCGCAUGAAGGAGUUCGACGCCUCCCCGGCUUUGCCGGAAGGCAACCGAGGCAACACCUCUGCCGCUUUCGCCGGGGAGCUCAGCGCAGUUGCCGCGGAGGUGCAGCGCCUGCACAGCACAAUGAAGAUCUCCACCUCUGCCCGGAAGCUCUCGGCUACGCAGGCUGUGGCGGACAGCACCGCCGAGUCCGUGCAGGCCUUGGACAGAGCCUGGAGGAGCAAAGUGCAUACCCUUGGGGUUUUCCGCCAUGCCGCCUCGCAAAGCAAGCAGCGCCAGUCCUGGAUCCGCAACAAGCAAGAGGAGCUCUCGAAGAGCAUCUCGAAGAUCAUGGACCAACUUCAGGAGCAAUCCUUCAUGAUGGCCGUGACGAGCGUGGACCAGACGUGGUGGCAGCUAAGACAGCACUUGGAUGCCUACUUCGACUCCAUGACCAAAUACUGGCAGACUUUCAAGUCGGCCCUCCUGGUCAUAGAGGACUACACCAAGUGCUCGGUUCCCUUUGCGAACCUGAAGGCGGCCUACGCAGGCUUGGCUGAGGCCCACGUCCACGCUCGAGCAUCCUUGGAGGAAACGUGGUCCAAGGCCAGCCCGCUGGUUGGACUCCUGGCUGCUCAGUACUCGGAUGCCGGGAUCCUGAACAUCUUCGCUCGGCAGGACCUCAAGGACGUGAAGCUGGACAGCUUGGAGCUCGACAGCAACGAGAGCAAACAGAGCAACGUGACAGCUCUCCAGCAAGUGCAGGGGAAGAGGCGCCAGCAGAUGUGCCAAGCAUCAGGGGCUCAGCAAGAGAUGGCCGCUGUGGCCUCAUCGGCUCUGCAGAGGGGGGUCUUUGGGCAGAGCUUGGAGCAGUUGGAAGCCAUCUUCUCCGAGAUGGACAUGCUCCAGGCCAGGUUCCGGGAUGUUGAUAUGGAGCCGCCCAACCAGGACGUCCUCAAGGAUGCCCAUUCGCGCAUCGCCGACGUUGUCGAAAGUUCCAUGUCCAUCCAGAACGCAACGGUUGAUGAGCUGACAAAGCAAUGGAAGGCUGCAAAUUGCUAA